AUGGAUGCUCUGGGAUGGAAACCGUUGGCCAAGAUUGGCGGAGGAAGAUUUUCGGAUAUUUACAGAGUUUUGAAAAGCGAUUCGGAAAAUAAUAGUGCUAAUAAUGAAGAGCAACAGCUGUUUGCUUUGAAGCUAGUUGAUCCUGAUGAUGAAAAGCCUCCGCAUAAUAUUAGAAAUGAAAUAAAGAUACUUUCUGACUUGAAAAACGCAAAAGAAGGUCAAGACGCCGUAAUUCCAAAUGUUAUCAAUUUGAUCAGUGUUUCAUCUAACAAUAUUGAAUACGGACUACUUUUCCCAUUGCUUGAUAUGACUUUGAAUCAUGUGAUCAAAAGCCACAUUAAAUCACGUACAAUUUUCAAUUCUGAUGGUACAAUGAAAAUGAGAAAAGUGAAUACAAUUCCUAUCGAUAGCGCGUUCAAGAUAGUUGUCGGCUUAAUGAAGGGGUUAGAUUGGAUUCAUAAGAACGGAGUAAUCCACCGUGAUAUUAACCCGAACAAUAUCUUAUUUGGCAGAGAAAAUCCUGAGAUGCCAGUGAUUAUAGACUUUGGAAUAUCCUACCAAGAACCAUAUAACAAUGGGCUUGAAAAGCCAAAUAAAAAAUUCACUGAUAUAGCGACUGGAAUAUACAAGGCACCCGAAUUACUCCUUUCUAAACGUGACUACUCCAACAAAGUGGACAUGUGGGCCGUCGGUAUUCUAAUUACAGUAAUUUUAAGCAAAGAUGGGAAACCAAUUUUUGAGCAAGAUUCGAUGUACAGUGAUUUGGUUUUACUUUCCAAUAUACUUGCAACAUUUGGCUCUCCUCCAUCAGAUUGGUCUGAUUGUAAAGGCCUAACUUCAUUUGACUCUUUAAAUCGCACAUUUUUCACCAAAUCUCCCAAACCGCUAGAAGAAAUUGUGCCUCGACUCUUUGAGGAACCGGAAACUCUAAGUUCUUCAAAAUUACAAAAGACUAUUACUGGCUUAACCAAAUACGAAACCAGUGAGAGGCUCUCGGCACAUGAUGCAUUGGCCAUCCUCCUUUGCUAA